UUGUCAAGUCUAGUCCAACGUCAUGUCUCUCACAACACACCCGCCGCAGGCCAAUCUGCCCCGGUCAACAACCCCGAGGCGCUUUCCUCCGUCCGUGAGGAUUUGUUCUACAACCACUCUACCGGCAACGUAGACGUACCACAAGGAUUCAAGUAUCGCCAAUACCGGAUCUUCGGAUAUACGCUACCUUGGUAUGCGUCGCCAAAGAUUCAGUUGGGCAUGGUUGCCUUUGUAUGCUUCAUGUGUCCCGGUAUGUUCAAUGCAUUGAAUGGAAUGGGCGGUGUUGGAAAGGUUGACACUAAACUGGGGACCGACAUGAACACAGCUUUGUACAGCACAUUUGCCGUCGUCGGUUUCUUCGGAGGCACAUUCGUUAAUAGACUCGGCGUGAGAAUUACGCUUGCCUUCGGUGGCAUCGGCUACGGCAUAUACAUGAUCAGCAUGCUAUUAUCGAACCACUUUGAAGAGAAAGUCCGAGGAUUCAAUCUCUUUUCGGGCGUUCUUCUUGGCUUCUGUGCAGCGAUGCUAUGGACUGCCCAAGGCACUAUCAUGAUAUCGUAUCCACACGAACACCAAAAGGGGCACUACUUUGCAUGGUUCUGGGGAAUUUUUAAUCUUGGCGCAGUUCUUGGAAGUCUUAUCCCCCUCGGCAGCAAUUACAAAAGCAACGAGAACGUCGACGUAAACGAUGGUACUUAUAUCGGUUUCAUCGUCCUCAUGUUCUUCGGAGCGGGCUUGGCUCUUCUUCUCUGCAACGCAAAUGAUGUCAUCCGCAAAGACGGGUCGUAUGUCAUCCUGAUGAAGAACCCGACAUGGCAAAGCGAACUACUUGGCUUGUACGAGACGAUUCGGUUUGAACCAUUCAUCAUUUUCCUGUUUCCUAUGUUCUUUUCGUCCAACUGGUUCUACGUUUAUCAACAAAACGUUGUCAACGGGGCUUAUUUCUCGACAAGAGCUAAGGCUCUCAACAGUCUACUGUAUUGGCUGGCGCAGAUCUUUGCAGCUGCCAUAUGGGGAUACUUGCUCGAUCUGGAAUACCUUCGCCGUUCUGUCAGGGCCAAGAUCGCUCUCGUGGUUCUUUUUGCCCUCACUUUCAUUGUGUGGGGUGGGGGUUGGGCGCAUCAGAGAACAUUUACUCGAUCAAUGACUGGCGCCCAAACGGAGAAGGAUUGGAAUGAUACAGGAUACGCCGGGCCACUUUUUUUAUACAUCUUCUAUGGCUUCUACGAUGCUGCUUGGCAAGCUACUGUCUACUGGUUCAUGGGUGCUCUCUCCAAUUCCGGCCGGCGCUGCGCAAACUACAUUGGUUUCUACAAAGGCAUCCAAUCAGCCGGCGCCGCUAUCUCCAAUAACCUCGAUGCCAGAAAGGUGUCUUUCGAAGCACAGUUCAUCAGUAACUGGGUCCUUCUAGCUUCGUCGCUCGUGAUUGCUGCACCAGUCAUCUUUCUCAAGAUCCGAGAUCAUGUGGCAGUGGAAGAAGACCUUGAAGGAACAGAUGAAGCCCUGGCGGAUGUCAACCCCACGUAUAUCCUUACCCAUCCAGGUCGCAACGGGGAGACUUAUGAAAGUAAGGAAUCGAACAAGAGAGGUCCUGAAUAUACUGCAGUCUAA